CCAAUAUGGAAGAAUUUGUGCUUACUGAUGAUAUAAUUGAACAAAUAAAAGAUUUUGACCAUGAGGGCCUAAUUGAAGAACAAAGUUUGUUAAUUGAUAAGUUAAUAUUAAAUGAGGAAUUAAAAAAACGUUAUAAAAAAAAUGGUUUAUGCAAAGAAUGUAAGCAGCCUAAUACAUAUUAUCAAGGAGAUUAUAGUAUUUGGUGUAUGUCAUGUAAUGCUAAGAAUUUUCAACAAAAUUUCAAGAAUUGGACUAGUGGAAAUCAUGAAGUUGAUAAGUUUAUUCAAAAAACACAACUUAAAGCUAAAAAUUUAAGUGAAGUUUUAGAAUGGAUUGAAUAUGAUAGAUUUGAAAAUAUUGAAUACUUGACAAAAGGAGGAUUUGGAACUAUUUAUAAAGCAAUUUGGAAAGAUGGACGGAUAAAAAGUUGGGAUUUUGAGAAUAAUAAAUGGACAAGAAGUAAAUAUUAUUGUAGGGAAUAUGAGGAUUUUCCAGUUGUUUUAAAAUGUUUACAUAAUUCUCAAGAUAUUUCAUCCGAUUUUUUAAGAAUAAUUGAAACACAUAUGUUUGUUUCAAAUUAUGGAGAUCGUAUAACAAAGUGUUAUGGCAUUACUAAAGAUCCAGAAUCUAGAAAUUUUAUGAUAGUAAUGGGAUAUGCAAAAGAUGGUAGUUUAAGACAAUAUUUAAAUAGUAGUUUUAAUUCAAUAAAAUGGAAUGAAAAGUUGGUUAUUUUACAAGUUAUUGCACAAGGCCUCGAUGAUAUUCAUCAAAAAAGGGUUAAUUCAUCCCAUUUUACUUUUAUUACUGAUUUAGGAUUAUGUCGACUAGCAAAUGUAAAAUCAUCUCAAAAUGAAUGUAAAGAACUAUAUGGAGUAUUACCUUAUGUAGCACCAGAAGUUUUAAGAGGAAAAGAAUACACUCAAGAAAGCGAUAUUUAUGGAUUUGGAAUUGUUGCAUAUGAAGUCUGUACAGGGCUACCUCCUUAUCAUGAUAUUAUUCAUGAUAAAUUCUUAGCUAUUAGCAUUUGUCAAGGACUUAGGCCAAAAUCAAAUUAUAAAAUUCCUCAAUUAGUUUUAAACAUAAUUAAACAAUGUUGGGAUGCCGAUCCUUUAAAACGACCUAAAGCAAAUGAAUUAGAAGAUUUAUUUGACAAGUUAUAUGAUGAAAAAAUUAAUGAAAAGUUAAUAUCAUCAUCAUCAUUAUAUACUGGUCCUACUCUUUCAUAUACUACAAAUCCUCAAGCAGUUUACACGAGUAGACUUUUAGAUUUUAAAAAUCUUCCAGAGCCAAUAAAUGCUAUUGAUAAUAAGGAUGAUGAUAAUUCAUUUGGAGAAUAUUCAGAAUCAAUAGAAGCAAUAGAUUUUACUAAACUAGACCCUAGAAGCAGCUGAGGGUAUAAAUUUCUUUAUUAUUUACUAUUUAUUUUCUUUAACAUUUUAACAUUACUACAGAUAUGUUAUUUUAUUGUUUAUGAUUAAAUAAAGUAUUAUUUCUAUGAAAUUAUAUGAAAAUAAAUAGAAUGAAUUGUAUGUAUAAAUAUGUUAUAAAAAUUGCAACAA